AAUACAUUGUGUUGACUGUGUUUGUGUGUAACGAUACUCGUUCAAUUAACGGGAGCUGAUUAAUUGAACGUGUUUCAGUAACACUGGCAAGCACAUUGUUUUGUUUUUCGCCAAAACAAGAAAAAUGGACUUGGAUUCCAUGAAGUAUGCCGAAUUGCGCAGUAUUGCAAAGGAGGUUGGGCUCAAAUCGUCAAAACUGAAGGCUGAUAAGCUUCUGAAGGCGCUCAGGGAGCAUUUCCAACAACAAACGCAGGAAGAUGUUGCCGUGGACCAGGGAGAUGAGACUGGUGUUGACGCACAGGAUAACACGGUUAACAGCAACUCAACUCAUGAUGAAAACAAUUCAGCACUGGUUGAUGAGCUGUCACAAAAACCUUCAGCUCAGGAGUUUGUGACCGAACGUCGUGGUAGACGGCAACCGAAAAUGAGGAAGGAACCUGAAGAUGAGGAGGCAGAGUGUGAACCUGCCAAAGCGCCACUCACCCCAGCUGAGGUUGUUAACAAGGUGACUGAAUCCAUCAUCGCCAAAGGGAGUGGCAAGAGAAGGAGAGUGUCUGCUGCUAAGGAUUCUGGGGUGGCUGUGCCUGAACACAAAGUUGCAGCAGUGAUGUUUGGAGUGGGACAGAAAGUGGUGAAGCCCGUAGGAAGGAUCCCUCGCCACGAGGGGCUCCUGAAGAGGACUAUGUUAAAGCCUACUACACCAAACUUCAGGAAGCUCCACGAGGCGCAUUUCAAAAAGAUGGAGUCCAUUGAUUCAUACGUGGAAAGGAAGACCAAGAAAAUGGAUUCGUUCAGAAAUUCAGUUAAUGAAUUGAAGGUUCUUUCAGAUAAGACUCUUUUGACACCAACUGAAGGAAAAACUCAAACAAGCUUAACCUCGAGCCGCGCCUCCCUGUUCAGCCCUGCAUCCCAGAAACCAGCUACAGACAGACGCAGAGUCUCAGCCAGAAAACCCGCCCAGAAGGACACGGUUGUCCCAUUCAGACCCACAGUCCUGUCCACACGCCGGAUCAACGUUCGGUUCUCUCAAGCUACUCAGGAUAAUGAGCACAAGAAAACCAUGGUGAAGACGCCAGCACGCAUGGCACCCCGCAUGGACCUCCUCACUCCUGGGAAAGAGACUACAUUUGGAGGGAAACCUGAAGUCAACAAGACCUUUGUUCUCUCCAGUGCUAAGACACCAGCGUUUGUGUUUAAUGCAAACACCAGUGUUCUUUCUAACUGUCCUGAAACCAACAAGAAGGCCAACUUUGAUCUGAAGGCCAGUCUCUCUAAGACUCUCACCUAUAAGCCUCAUAAGGGAAAGCUGAAGCCAUUCAUGGUGGCCAAAGAGAACACAGUGGACCAGUCUCAGACCGUUCCCACACACCAGAAGAACUACAAACAGCAUCCGGUUCAGGCAAGGGAGGAAAGGAGGACAAAACAUACUGAAGUCAGGAAGCAGAAGAAAGAGAAGCUGCUUGGAGCCAGACGAGGCCUCGUCAUCACCUGAUUUAUUCUAUACUUACUUUUGCUCUUGUGAAGUUUAUUUUCUUGUCAUUUCAGACCUGCUGAUUUAAUGCCUGUUUCACUUUACCCUUUUUCUCUACUUUGACUGUCAGUUCCAACCGAGUUUUUUGAUUGUUCGAUUUUUAGAUUCACUUAUAACAACGUUUAAUAAAAAAAUAUAUAUAUUAACUUUAGUAUGGUACAAGUAAUGUUUUUCAUAUUUUGUAUACCUGUGUCGUUUUUGUAGACAUUUACAUUACAUUUUAGUCAUUCACGCUUUGAACACAACGAUCGUGUCCUUGGUUGCUAGCCCCCUUGCGCAAAAUGGUACGCAGCAUCAUCUGGUUAUGUAUGCAACAAAAGGUCAACAUUCUCCUUCUGCUACUAUUUCUGUCGACACCGAACGCACCACACCGUACGCACCACACCAUACGCGCACCACACCGUACGCACCACACCGAACGCACCACACCAUACGCGCACCACACCGUACGCACCACACCGAACGCACUUCAUCGCAAUGUGUUUUCAUUGGAAAUUAAUGUAAUUCUUGUGUACCAAAAUGUAAUGCCCGCUGUUGGUGCGUAUGCAGAUGGUCUUAUCCAGAGCGACUUUUCCGGGGGCGAUAUUUUUUCUCUGUGCUGGCUCCCCCCCCCCUCCUUCUCCUUCUUCGUACCUAAAUAUUUUGUACAGUUUGGUCCUAUUUCUUAUUCAUGUGAAUUGUAUAUAUAUUUUUUUUUAUAUAACAAUUUUUAACUUAGCUGAUGUAAAGGCAAUGUAAAUACCAGUAGUAAAAAAAAUAAUUU